UUACUCUUUGCGGUCCACAAUCGGUCGAUUCUAGGACCAAGUAUCAAUACUUGUGUGAAAGGUACUUCGAUUUGCUGCCCAGGCCACCGUACCGUUGUUGGUACCGUGAUCCACCGUAUUGUCUUGGUCAAGUUUGGUUGGGUUGGAUAUAAUACCGUGCUGACAACAUUCAGCUCAACCAUGUUAUAAUCACUUCCGAUUUUGUGGUUAUCGAAAUAAGUUUAUCAAUAAUGAAGCUUAUAACUCAUAAUAUGCUAACUUCUAAAUGUCUGAAAGGGGUUAUGACUGGUUAUCCUCUUUCUAUUAACGCCACUAAUGUAAAAGUAACUGAAGUCGAUUUUAAUCCAGAGUUUAUAACCAGAAUUAUACCCAAGUUAGACUGGAAUGUUGUGUGGGGUGCUGCAAAUAGUAUAGGUCACAGUGAAGGCCUCCCUAAAACAAUAGAACCUAAAUAUGAAGAAGAUGAAGACUUUUUGAAGAAAGCUCACAGAGUCCUUUUAGAACUUGAAAUAGAAGAAGGCUACCUUACUUGCCCAGAAUCAGGACGACAGUUCCCUAUUUCAAAAGGAAUCCCGAACAUGUUAUUAACAGAAGCUGAAGUUCAAUAAAUUGUUAUAGAACAUAUUUUUUCUUUA